ACAAACGUUGGUCAUCGUUUCGUUGGCAAAAUCGGGGGGCGAUAAAAGAUGCGAAAAUCCAACUUUGGAGCGACAACCACGGAGAACGGAAGUGAUCGAUCGGACAAGGUUCUCGGAAUCGAAACGAUUUUUAUUCCCAAUCCUUUUUUCCAUUCGCGAACAACGUCAACGCGUCAGCGACAUUGUACAUUCACGGAAAUUCGUGAUCGCUCGUGAAUUUACAGAGUAGCGAGACAGCGUCGAACGACGAGUGCGUGAGAAAGUUUCUGCCGACGCUUCCACGUACGUUCAACAGCUUGCUCGCGACGCCGAUCAGCGUGGAAAGCGACGAACCUCGGCAGCUCAUCAAGUCGGAAACGUUGAUCAAUCGAAACGACAGUUUCGACGAGUCGUGAUACACACGGGGGACAUUUUCUCUCCGCAGGUUACUAGGAAAUCUUCUCGGCAUCGCCGAUUACGCCACCAACAUGGCGUCCUUUUGGUUUUUGGACACGCUGGCGCUUUACGCGAUACGGCACAGAAGGGACCUCGAUGAAUAUUGCACGAGUGUUUUGAUCAGCUGGCUGGCCGGUGAAAUUAGAUUGCUUCGAGAUAGGAAACACACGCGUGAAGAUUUUUUUAGAGAAAUGAGGAGCAUUUUCGCCGUGGCAGCUGACAAGAUAUCUGAACAGAAUCGAGUGCCGUAUUGGGACGAAAUCGUGGACGAGUACGACGACUCGCGGGACGAAACUGAAGAAACGGGAGGUGAAUCGAUAAGAAGUUCGCGACAAGACGACGUCAGAUUUUCGAGUAACAUCGAUCCAGGUUUGGUAUUGGACAUAGUGAUCGAGGAUACCUACGAUAUGUACGCGAACGAGUUGCGUUAUGCGCUUAUUUAUGCAGUCUUCGUGGAACCAAUUGAAAUACAGACUUGCGACUUACCGUUUACACUUCGGACACCACGCCCGACAAAACUGGCAGAUCCCAAGUCGAUCCCUUUCAUUGUACAAUUGCAAAGAAGCUUGAGAAUGGUCGGCACAAUGGAAAAAUCUAAAGGGAACAAGGCGAAAGGUAAAAAGGUCAAAACAAUUCCCGAAGUACCGCCAACACCUCCACGCUCUUUGGACGAUGAAGCGCAACUGAUGUACAAUCGCUCGUUUAUUCUACCACUGAUAGAAGCGAACGAAUCGUCGGGAAUAUUCGAAACGUCGGACGCAUAGCGUUGAAUAAUCGAACAAGACAAUCUUUGAGAAACAAUCUCUUUAUUCCUUCCUUGUGAAACCAACCGUCGUAAAAACUUACAGUGUCAGUCUGUCACGAGGACUGUGCCCCACUCGGAACACUUGAAAUCUUUAAUGUCGUCGGAGUUUAAAAGAACAUCGAGCUUAAUAAAUUUUGGCGAGCUGGGAAGCUUUUCCGGGGAUUGCCCCAACUGUCCGUACUUGUUACAUCCGCAACCCCAUAGCGUUCCAUCAUCUGUUACAAGUAAAAAAAAAAAGUAAAUUUCUGGAAUACAUCUUUCUUCCUUUUCUUUAA